CAGUGAACACAUCAGGCGCCUGCAGCCAAGUAGGUGUCGCUGCAAAAAAAGAAGCUUUCAUCUUGUCCAACAAAAGUCCCGCAGAGAGAACUAACACGGCCAUGGAGGUUCCUGGACCCGAUAGCGAUUGGAGGAGCCCUCAGUUUCGACAGAAAGUCGUAACUCAGAUUGAAGAUGCCAUGAGGAAGGCAGGAACUGCAAACACCACACAGAAGUCCGGUACCGACAUGGAGAACCACGUGUACAUCAAAGCCAAAACCAGAGAGGAGUAUUUAUCUCUGGUGGCGAGGCUCAUCAUCCAUUUCAGAGACAUCCAUAGAAAGGCUCUGGGAGGAUCAGAUCCCAUGAAUGCCCUGACUAACCUGACAGGGGUUGGAGGGGGCCCGGGCACCAUUGGCAUGGGGCCUCGCCCCUCCGGGGCCACGGUGGGGGGCAUGGGGGCCAUGGGGCCGAUGCAGAUAGGCCAGCAUGCCAUGGCAGGGGUGACUGGAAACCCACAAGCCAUGGGAGGUCCGGGUCAGCUGUCCAUUCAGCAGAUGGUCCAGCAGCAGCAGCAGCAGACCAUGCAGUUCCAGCAGUUCCAGCAGGCACAGCAGCAGCAGCAGCAACAACAACAACAACAACAACAACAACAGCAGCAGCAGAACGCAGCCUUACAGCAGCAGUUCCAGCAGCAGUUCAGAGCCCAGCAGCUGCAGCAGCAACAGGCCCAGAACCAACAGCUGCAGAACCAACAGCUGCAGAACCAACAGCUGCAGAACCAGGUACACACCAUGCAGAACAGGAUGCAACAACAUCUGAUGCUGCAGCAGCAAGCUCAGGCUCAAGCUCAAGCUCAAGCUCAAGCUCAAGCUCAGGCUCAGGCUCAGGCUCAGGCUCAGGCUCAAGCUCAAGCUCAAGCUCAAGCUCAAGCUCAGGCUCAAGCUCAAGCUCAAGCUCAGGCUCAAGCUCAGGCCCAAGCUCAAGCUCAAGCUCAGGCCCAGGCUCAGGCUCAGGCCCAGGCCCAGGCCCAGUCCAUUCAGCAGAUGGUCCAACAGCAGCAGGUUCAGCCAGCCCAGAUGCCUCCACACUCUCAACCACAGCCGCCCGGCAUGGUGCCUCAGUCUCUGGCCGGAUCAAUGACCUCAGCUCAGCAUGGUUCCAUUAACUCUCUGAGCCAGCAGCCGCAGCUGAAGUUCCCGCAGCCACGCGCAGCCUUACCGCCACAGCAAGCCCAGCAGGCAGCAGCUCAGGCGCAGCUCAACGCCGCCGCAGCUGCCGCCGCAGCCUCUGCUGCUGUACCUGGACAGAUGGUCCGUCCUUCGAUGCAUAAUAUGAUCCGGCUGCCUCGAGGUCCUCAGAACGCCUCCAUCCCUCCUCCGAAUAGCGUCCCAUCUCCUGCCGGGAUUGCCGGACAGACGCCGCAGGUUCAACAGCACCCCAUGAUGUCGUCACCCUCACCUGUGCAGGUGCCCACGCCACAGAUGCCACCACCUCCCCAGCCAUCACCGCAGCCCCCCUCUUCCCAGCCAAACUCUGCCAGUUCCGGUCCAACGCCGUCUCCGGGGGGGUUCCAGCCCAGCCCAUCUCCUCAGCCCUCCCCCAGCUCUGCCUCCUCCAGAACCCCCCAGCCAAGCCACGGAGUACCCUCACCUGGACCACUCAACACUCCAGGUAACCCCAGCUCGGUGAUGAGUCCAGCAGGAGCCACGUCCCUGGAGGACCAGCAGUACAUGGAAAAACUGAAGCAGCUCUCCAAAUACAUCGAGCCACUUCGCCGCAUGAUCAACAAGAUCGAUAAAAACGAAGACAGGAAGAAGGACCUGAGUAAGAUGAAGAGCCUACUGAACAUCCUGACAGAUCCUAACAUCAGGUGUCCUCUGAAGACGCUGCAGAAAUGUGAGAUUGCUCUGGAGAAGCUUAAGAACGACAUGGCCGUGCCGACUCCACCCCCUCCACCAGUUCCUACCAAGCAGCAGUACUUCUGCCAGCCGCUGCUGGAUGCCGUCAUGGCCAGAAUCCGCUCUCCUGUCUUCAACCACUCCCUGUACCGGACCUUCGCCCCCGCCAUGAGUGCCAUCCAUGGGCCGCCCAUCACGGGCCCCAACAUCUCCGGGAGGAAGAGGAAGCACGAGGAAGAUGAGCGGCAGACCAUCCCCAACAUCCUGCAGGGGGACGUGGCCCGUCUGGACAUCAAGUUCCUGGUCAACCUGGACCCCUCAUUCUGCAGCAACAAUGGAACCGUCCACCUCAUCUGCAAGUUGGGUGAUAAAAACCUUCCCAGCGUUCCUCCUCUGCAGCUCAGCGUUCCUGCUGACUAUCCGGAUCAGAGCCCGCACUGGGCCGAUGACGGAGAGCAGUAUGGUGCGAACAGCUUCCUGCAGACGGUCUACAGGAACAUGACGUCCAAACUGCUGCAGCUGCCGGACAAACACUCUGUGACGGAGCUGCUCAACACCUGGGCUCAGAGUGUCCGGCAGGCCUGCCUGUCAGCAGCCUGAGACUCCGCCCACUGUUAAUCCUUACACAUAAACCCCGCCCACUCUUACUCCUGACACCCGAGGCCCUGCCCACUGUUACUCUGGACAUUACCUGGUACACUUGGACAUUAAAAGAGGAAACCGUUUACCUGCAGGUCAGAAACCUGCUGUCAGAUUGAUUUGUCCCAUUACCCCUGAAUGCAGCACCGGUUUAGUUUUUCUCACAUAUUAAAAAUUUGUGUGCAUGAUUUUAUUU